AUGAAGCUGUUCUCGCUUGCCUCGAUCCUCGUUGUCUUUUCCUCGGUGACAUCAACCCUGGCUGCCAACUCCUUCUCCGCGUCAAACCUCUACUACGCCGCUGGCCUGACCGAUGCUCAAUCCACGACCCUGCUUGACGGUCUUCACAGCGCCGGUGUAAAGGUCCUGCGCGUCUGGCUCGAUGGCCAAUCCGGAACCGUCAAAGGCACCCCCAUAAACGCCUUCAACAGCCUCCAAGGCUCCAGCCCCGACGACUGGGACGACACCGUAUUGAACCGCCUCGACAGCUUCAUGGCCAAAGCACACGGGUACGGAAUCAAGCUUCUCAUCUCAAUCCACAGCUACAACGCCCUCGAGGCCGCGAACGACUUUUACGGGCAGUGGUAUGGCACGGGCGAUUUCUAUACCAAUGCACAGGCAAAGGGGUACUUCAAGGAUCGCAUUGCGCAUGUCCUUGCGCACGUGAAUCCGGCGAAUGGGAAGACGUGGGCGCAGAGCGAGGAGUAUAUUUUUGCGUUUGAGGCCCAGAAUGAGGCUAUGCAUCCUCACGGAAACCCCACCGCCCUAACAGCCUGGCAAUGCGAAAUGGCCACGGCGAUAAAAGAUAACAUGUCGCACAACCCGGCCAUCCUCGUCUCGACCGGCGGCGGCGCCUACCUCGACAACUCCCUUCUCGACGGGUACUUUACCUGCGCUUCAUUGGACGUAUUAGCAAUUCACGCAUACGGCGUCGCGGAUUUCGCGACUGACAAACUAACCCCCUACGUCGACCGCGCCUUGGCCAGUGGUAAAAAGCUCAUCAUGCAAGAAUGGGGCGCGUGCUACACGACGGCCCCGAACAACAAUUGCAACGGCGGGGGUCCGCUCGAUGUGAAUGUCCGCGAUGAGAAUAUCAGGACCUGGGCGGCGAGUAUUGAUGCAGCGGGGAUCCCGUGGUUCUAUUGGCAGAUUCUGCCGAAUGCUGAUCCGCAUCAGGGGUGGGAUUAUGAGGUGGGCAUUGGGGAUGUUAACUGGGAGAGUCUCAGGGAGGCGGGGUUGGCUGCGGGGAGGGCGCAGGCGAGGUUUGAUUUUGAUGCGUUUCUUCUUUGA